CUCACUCAGGCAAUCCCUGCUCCGCCGCCCGAGGAAACUGUCCAAUUGCCAAGCAACCCACUGUUGGCCAAUCAGAGAGCUCGGAGGUGAUGUCAUGGCGAGAGCCGAGCAGUGGUGCUGAUGUGGAGAGAAGCCCAGGGUACCACUAAUUGAGGGAGUGAGGAAGGGAGCAGCUCGCUUCUAACCGGACUGCAGCGUCCUGAGCUGGUGACAGACCUACUCUGUGGCUCUCAGUCGGAUUCAGCUCUCACCUUCCAGAAAACAUGACCCUCGCUGCCUACAAGGAGAAGAUGAAGGAGCUCCCGCUGGUGUCUCUGUUCUGCUCCUGUUUCCUGGCCGACCCCCUGAAUAAGUCAUCCUAUAACUAUGAAGGCUGGUGUGGGAGACAGUGUAGGAGAAAAGAUCAAAGCCAGCGGAAAGACAGUGCUGACUGGAGAGAAAGAAGAGAGCAGGCUGACACGGUGGACCUGAACUGGUGUGUGAUCUCCGACAUGGAAGUCAUCGAGCUGAACAAAUGCACCUCCGGCCAGUCCUUUGAGGUCAUCCUGAAGCCGCCCUCCUUUGAUGGGGUGCCCGAGUUCAAUGCCUCCCUCCCCAGGCGGAGAGACCCAUCGCUGGAAGAGAUACAGAAGAAACUAGAAGCAGCUGAAGAGCGAAGGAAGUACCAGGAAGCUGAGCUCCUGAAGCACCUCGCCGAGAAACGGGAACAUGAGCGGGAGGUGAUCCAAAAAGCCAUCGAGGAGAACAAUAACUUCAUCAAGAUGGCUAAAGAAAAACUGGCCCAGAAGAUGGAAUCCAAUAAGGAGAACCGGGAGGCCCACCUUGCUGCCAUGUUGGAACGGCUGCAAGAGAAGGAGCCGCCUGCUGCGCGGUGACUCCCGGGACCCGAUCGGUGGCCUCGUCCCAUGGACAAGCACGCGGAAGAGGUGCGGAAAAACAAGGAGCUGAAGGAAGAGGCCUCCAGGUAAAGCCCAGAGGCCAAAGAAGUUUCCAGAACAGCCGGACAGCUCCAGCAGCUCCGCGUUCCCGAGGCAGCCUCGCCCGCCGCUGGCUGCUCUCGCAGCACUGGGGUUUGGGGGGAGGGGGGCGACCGGGGGUGUUCCCUCUGCUUUUGGUGUUUGUACAUGUAAAGAAUUGAUCAGUGAAGCCAUCCUAUUUGUUUCUGGGGAACAAUGAUGGGGUGGGAGAGGGGAGAGGAGAGAGGUGGGAAAGGGAGAUGGAGACGGAUUCAUGGACAUUGCAACCCUGCCCACCGCAGACUCAGGUCAAGCCCAGGCACCAUGUUGAGAAGUUGAAAACAGAGAAGUCUGAGGGAAGGGCAGAGUCCUGAGUGGGGCAGCGGCUGCAGGGUGCGGCCACGGUGCCCAGCAAGGGGUGGGGGGCUCCGGAGGUGUUGCUUCAGCCCUGCAACAGGUGGGAUGAGGUCUGAGUGUGUGUGUGUUAACCAUCAUCUUUUGAUCAUCAUGACCAAUGAAACAUU